AUGAUCAUACCAAUCCUUUGGUUGAUAAAAGAAAAGUUCUACAAGCCAUACCUUGACUGUCAGGUACCAAUUGAACAAAUAGACAGUGUUUUAAAGGAACAAGAUAACAAAUUAAUAGGUGAAACAGUUGUCAUCAUUGGUGGAAGCUUCUCUGGUCUCACAACAGCCAUUAUCAUGAGUAAAUAUUAUAGAAAGGUAAUAAUUAUUGAUCGUUCUAAAAUUGUUCCAGACGAAUCGAUUGCCAAAAGUAGACAAGGUGAACAAGCUCAUGUUAUUGCCUAUCGUUCAAUGCUUGUUUGGGAAAGAUUAUUACCUGGAUUUUUAGAUGAAUUGAAAAAUGGAUUAGGAACUUCAGAUCAUUUGAAUUUGAGAAAGAAUCCUUUGCUUAUGGCUUCUAGAGGUCAAAUUGAAACUAUUUUGAGAGAAAAAGUUAAAAGGGAAUUGAAAAAUGUUGAAUUUCUUGAUGGAUAUCAUGUUUCGUCUAGUGGUAUUAAAGUUGAAACUAUUUCAGAGAACGGAGAAAAGGUUACUCGUGUUAAAUCUAUUACUGUAACUAAGGUUUCUGAUGCUGAGCAUGUUUUAUUUGCUUCUUCACGUACUAUUGAGUGUAAUUUAUUGGUCAAUUGUGGAGGGGCUGGUUCUAGCUCUUUAAUGAAAAACAUUGAAAAUGAAAUUUCACCAAACAAGAAAAUUCUCACAAAAUCAUCAAUUGAAUGUAAAAUUGGAUAUCAAACCAUUUUUAUGGAACCAAAAGACAGUUCAUAUGAUAGUGAAGGAAAAGUUGCAAUCAGUAGAGAGGAUAGAAUUGACAAUGUUCAAGAAAAUAGAAAAUUAGAUGAUCCAUACUAUAUUAUCUAUCAUUUAUUGUGUUAUCCAAAUAGAAGAGGUGUUCUAUUUAUGCCAUAUAGUGAUAACACUUUCCUUAUCUUAUUAACAACUUAUAAUGAAAAGAUUGAAUCUGUUCAAUAUGAAACUGCUAAGGAACAAAUUAUUGAAUUUACAAAAUUAAAUCCAACUAUGGAAAGAGAUGCCAAAAUUAUGCUUGAAAAAUUCAAAGAUAUCCCAAAGAAGAUUGUUCCAUACUAUGAAAAGAAUGGAAGUGAAUAUGUUCACUAUGAAAAUUUGAAAGGAGUGAGAGAUUUCAUUGCUGUUGGUGAUGCUGCAGGUUCUCUUAAUCCAAUUUAUGGACAAGGUAUUACAAUGGCAAUAGAUUCUAUAGUUCUACUCGAUGAAAUGAUUAAGAUUGAAUUGAAAAAGGACAAGUCAGUGUUCAACCCAUCUUUCUGUCAAGAAUUUCAAUCAAGGUUAUGUAAAUCUUAUCUCGUUCCAUGGUUAUUGUGCUCCAGUACUGAUAUGAGAUUUGAUUUUGCAAAAUAUUCACAAAAUCUUUCAAUGCAAAAAUUAAUCUCACCAAUUUUAGGAUGGAUGACAGAUAGAAUGUUCAUGUCUGCCAACGUUUCUGCAAUUUCAAGUUUUCACUUGAUGAAAGUUUUAUUGAUGGAAGAUGGAUUCAGAAAAGAACUUGUUAAUUUAUAUUGGCUUUUAGGUUUUGUUUUUAGAAAAGAGGUAAUUAUGGUUACUUUUAUAUCUCUUUCAAUCUAUAUUUUCAAUUUUGUAAUAUCCUUAUUUUGA